CUAACCUAUCGACAAGAAAUAACCUAUAUGUCGGGUUGGGGCACGUGCGAGCAUUCUUUUGUUAUUAGGCACUGAUUUUUUACUUUUUCCUUAACAUUUGAAUAUUGGUUUUGUAUAAUUCACGUGAAUGAAAAAACAUUGGAAUUGUUGUCCAGUAUAUACAUGCUGACAUUUGCUCCAUUUGCUCUUCGGUGCUUUUAUACAGUUAAAAGAAUGAGCGUAUUUACACGAUAUUUGAACCCAAUAACAGGGGAAUCCAAUUGGGAAGAGAAACACCCCGAUUAUGAUUUCUACCAGGAAAUAGCCAGAACAGCUUUCGCAGAUAUGCUGCAUGAUCGAGAAAGAAAUGAAAAAUAUUACACAGCUCUAAAGGCUGCAAUUAGGAAGAAACACGAAUCGGGAGAAGAGGCACACGUCUUAGACAUCGGAACAGGUACAGGAUUAUUGGCGAUGAUGGCUGCAAAGUGUGGAGCAGAUACUGUCACAGCUUGCGAGGCAUUUAGACCCAUGGCUAAUUGUGCAUCAAAAAUCAUUGAAAGAAAUGGAUUUGGAGAACAGAUAAAAUUAAUACGCAAGAGGUCGACUAAGAUGACAGUUGGAUUUGGAAAGGAUAUGGCCAGAAGAGCUAAUAUUUUAGUUACGGAAGUAUUUGAUACCGAAUUAAUUGGAGAAGGGGCAUUGUUGACAUUCCGUCAUGCACACGAGGAGCUCCUAGAAGAAGGCAGUAUUGUUGUGCCAAAUAAUGGAACUCUAUGGGCACAAGUAGUCGAGAGUCCUAGUAUUCGGUCCUGGAAUAGGAUAAACUCUAUCGGUGUCAUGGAUAGUACAAUUGUCCCACCACCAGUUAUGGAAACAUGCCCUGGAUCGUCUGCUGUACACGAUGUACAACUGACGCAGAUACCCUAUGAUUCAUUCACUCCUCUACUUCCACCACAGACAAUUUUUAAGUUUGACUGGUCUAGCAAAACUUCUUUGGAACUUAAAGAAAUGAUAGCAUUGCAUGUCAAGCCAAUCGCUACCGGAAUGGCACAUGCAAUUCUCGUUUGGUGGGAUUUAGAGAUGGACACUGAGGGACAGAUUCUUCUCAGUUGUGCACCUGUAUGGGCAAGACCUGAAGCAAAAAUAAAAAGACUUGAAGGUGCAAGUUUGAGUAAACUCGCAGAAGAGAUUCCUUGGAGAGAUCACUGGUUACAGGCAAUUUAUUAUCCUCCUGUCGAAGUUCCAAUUUCUAUAGAUAAAGAGGUAACUCUAGUUGGAUCACAUGAUGACUACUCUCUGUGGUUUCACAUAGAGAAUGAAGAGAAAGUACAGAGUGUGAUCCGUCAGGGGCCGGUGUGUGACUGUUAUCUGCAUAUAGCAUAUUCGAGGUCACGUAUCGGACAGCUGAAUGACCAGGAACGUAAUGAAAAAUUUUUAAAAGUUUUGCAGAAGCACAUUAAGCCGAAUUAUACUUGUCUGUGUCUUACAGACGGUUGUCUGUUAGCUCUAGCAGUGGCUAAGUUGGGUGCAAAAGUUAUUCUUUUGGAGGAUAAUAAUUUGUCUCGUAGAACGAUGGAAAGUUUCGUGGAUACAAAUGGACUAACCGAUAAGGUUCAAAUCGUCCAAUCAAUACAGGACUGUGCAGAAAAGGUGGAUCUUAUUUUUGGAGAGCCAUACUUUGUACUCUCCAUUUUACCAUGGGAUAAUCUUCGGUUUUGGUAUUUUAUGAGAAAUUAUCCACCUGAAAUUCCAAGGAUUCCAGCUGGAAUGACCAUUUGGGGAAUCGCCGUCGAGUUCAAAGAUCUUCAAAAAAUUCGCGCACCUCUCGGUACAUGUGAAGGCUUUGAUGUCGCAUUGUUCGAUGAGUUAGUUCAAAAGUCAAGUGACAUUAGCGAUGCCCCGGUGGAAGCUCAGCCACUUUGGGAAUACCCUGGUCGAGCUCUCAGUCUCCCCUUUAAAUUAUGGGAAGUGGAUUUCUAUGAUAGUGUAGACGAGUAUCGUUACAUUGAGCUGCAAAACACUUCACCGGUUCCUAUUUUAACGACUGGAAAGUACAAUGGUAUAGCUUUGUGGGUAGACUGGCAACUUGACAAUAAUACUAUGGUAUCUACAGGCCCCACCAAAGACAUAGUCCCUGGUACACCAAUAUCUUGGUAUCCGUUUGUAAGACAAGGAGUACAUCUUUGUCGAAACAUCAUCGAUGUUACAAGUCAGCAUUCCAUUGCGUGGAAGCUUUUCUUUGAUCCAAGUGAAGGAAACAUCAAAUUUAGCUUCAACUCAGUUUUAGAUAGUGAAAAAAAAUAAUCUAUUAAUAUUUCUCUUGGAUGCGGAGUUAAUUUAAAUAAACU